CCGCCUCUUUGCUCCUUCAACCCGCCUCAACCCAGAGGCUCAUCCUCCACUGUGUUGGCCUCGAGGCGGUCACUUUCUGUAUCUCUCGUCCUCGCUGUCUCUCUCGACAUCCUCUCACGGUCACAUUUCCACCUUUCCUGCUUCACGAGGCCGGCAGGAACGAUCGAGACCAUCUCCCGAACCACCAUUAAUCCAAGGCUGACCGUCUGACAAAUCCUGCAAUAUGGCAGGCAAUGUCAAUGUCGCCUUGACCAGCGAGGACCUGGCUUACGAUCUCGACGCAAGAAGUGCCUCAUACUUCCGAAACCAAGCAUGGCCUUUACACAUGGACCAAGUAACGGGUGCAAGGCCAGACCCGAGGAGGAACAUUUCACCCAUACAGACCAAUAACCAUGGACUUCGACAGACAACAAUGGCAGAACAUCCUAUGAUGGACACAUGGAGGUUUCAACAGCAACAACAAAAUGUCGACUACUCCAACCACCAGAACCAGUAUGAGCUGCACUAUGACACUCAGUUCCACAGCCUCCCGUUGCACCCUUCGCAGUUGGGAAUGCUUCCCGUGUCGCAGCCUGCGACCCUGCCGGCGACGUUGCCCAUGGACCAUUCUUACAUUCCUCUCGAGGCGGGCAUAGAAGGCAUGCCACACAAUUGGGCUGAUUUCCACACCGAACUGAUCAGCUACAACACCACCGAUGUUGGACUUGCUGUCUCACCCUACCAACAAUUGACGAGUUCGCCAACGGGCUCCCAUCUGGAAGUUCUGUCACAACCCAGCUCAUGCGACGAACACGGAUGGACCAUGCUUGAACCCCGAUCCUCUUUCGAGUCAUACGAACGACAUUUCUUUGUUGACCCAAAUCAAACUGUCCACAAUCGGACCUUAUCUGAAUCAUCAUACUCUGACUUGGAACAAAGCAAUGCCAACUUCAUCUCCAGUCUUGAUAUGAAUCCGUCCCAAGCCGUCUACUCCCCGACCACACUCUCCGACAGUGACUUCGAAUAUAUGGGACAUACCCAUCGCCUGUCGAUCGACCAUGGUUCAGCACCGGCUACCAAUGUGAACCCUACCGCACUCGUUCGCCCAAUCCCCAUCCCUCCUACAAAAGCCUCGAGCUCCUCCAUCCGAUCACCCAGCUCACAAGGUUCUGCUGGCUCCCCUGGACGCAAGAACUCCAGGAAAAGUCCCAUUGCAGCCAAGUCAACUGACAAGGUGACGAAGAAGUCUGCACAAUCUGGAAAAGGAGAUGGCGAGAAACGUGUUGGACGAAGAAAGGGUCCUCUCCGACCCGAACAGAGAAAGCAAGCCAGUGAGAUCCGGAAACUGAGAGCAUGCCUGCGAUGUAAAUUCCUGAAAAAGACAUGUGAUAAGGGCGAGCCUUGUGCAGGCUGCCAGCCCUCUCAUGCUCGCCUUUGGCAAGUUCCGUGCACUCGUAUCGACAUCAAAGAGAUUGGGUACUUCUUGAAAGACUGGAAAUUUGAUUAUGAACGCCACAUCUCACUUGGAUUCUCGGUUGGAAACAUCAAGGGGUUCUCGGACACCGAAAAAACAUUAUUCAUCACUCAUGGCUAUGGCCAUAUGCUCCCAGUCACUGCCCGCGAGGUCUACGUCAGAGACGAAUCAUGCCUGAAGCUGGAUUGGAUCGAAGCCAGUUCUGUCCGGGAGGAUGGCUUUGAGGUUCCUACUGCGAAACUCAGUGCUGGCAUGGAGGGCAUCAGCACAACCAUGCUCAGUGACUACUUGGAUCGUCAUAUCGAUGGUACUGGCACCUUUGAGAAGUUCGUCGACGACUACUUUGAAGGCACGCCCUUCUUGUCACAAAUGUUGAAGACGGCGUACCGAUUCUAUUUCAGGACAGGAUCCAAAAUUAUCAAGAAGGCCCUCAAGCUCAUGCUUGCGUACAACUUGACGCUUCACAUUACCAUGGUCGAAGGCUUGCCGGUGGAGGAAGCUUUCGUCGGCAAGAUUGACGAACACCAUUCGAAGUUCUAUGGCAAGACCAUGGCACCGGUCAUGAUUAACUUUCAAAUAAAGUGCGCGAUGGCGGACAUGUGGCGCGAGCUCCACAAAGAUGUCCUAGAAGAGCUGUCAAGUCUGUACUCUAGUGUGUACAGUGGCGACAAGCUCAAAAAUUGGCCUACGAUUUUCAUUCUCGCCUCGGUUUUGCUGGCUGUGUGGGAGUGCAUGCAAUUUGACUGCAACUAUCGGGUCCCUGACCAGGUGUCCGUGGACAGAUUCUGCAACGAUAUGGAGACGACUCCCGUUGGUGUCGUGGUUGGGCUCUUCCAAGCCAUCUCGCAGAAGCUGCCAUCUUUCUUGGAAUGGGACACGACGAAGCACCAUACCCUUCUGGCAUCAAAUCCCGAUGUGUGCAGUACCAUGACCGAAGUUCGUGAACAUGUUACGAGAUACGAAAACUAUCUACGAGGACGACCUAACGCGAAAUUUGACCGUAAAGAUUUCGAUUCGCUAUCAAACAAGUUUUUGGCCAAACUUGUCAUUCGAGCGAACUAACGCUGACGCACUUACGGCUAUAAUGAACCACUUGACUUGCAGUUAUAACGAGCGAUGGAGCAUUUGCCACGACACCACUCACUGAUUAUGCUAUGUUUCCUAACGAGAUCCGACCGGAUGACUGAUGAACUUAUGAGACAUACAAGGCUUCAUGACGAUCAAAAAUCGAUCUUUAGCAUGAAUUUGGUUCUGAUUUUUUUUCCUUUGUAACACUGCGAAGGUGGGAUGUGGACUGCAUGGGAUAUUGUUAUUGUUGUGAGCGUAAGGGUGUUGAGAGUCAGAAGCUCGGUGAAGGAGCCAUGUCUGCAUUAGUGUGUAGCUGGGUGGCUUGUCCAACUCGAGAAGUUUGUGGCGACACAGCCGAUAGAUACGAUAUCCCAAAACGCCGAACGAUGGCAUUUUUCUGUCA